UCAAUAAUGUAAUUGUUGCAAGAUAGCCCUCUAAUGCUGCUUCACUUUCGGUCUCUGUUUUUUAUCCACCGGACGUUCGAUACUACCACCGCUUGCGAACCCCAGUACAUGUUGGUUCGUGUUCGGAAUGCUGACCUUCCCUUUACAUGGAAUACGUAAGCUACAUAUGCAUAUAAAGUUUUGUACCCCUCUCUGAUAAUUGAAAUGCUCUCCGCUAGGGAAAUAUUCUUCCUCAAGCCCACAUUCGGGUAGUGCACUCCCUCCAAAACCACGGGACGAUGUCUGAAAGCGUAAGACACAGCAUGCCUGCUCCUAGUUUAGGCAUUCCGACUUCCCCUCAUACAGUUGAUGUCUCCAUCAUCAACACCACCUCCUCCCUGCGAGGGAUCCCAACCGCCCUAACCAUUGACUCGCCAAUCGAGGGCCACAACUGGAUGGCGUGUCCCGUGUUCGCCUUUCUCAUCCAGCAUCCCACGCUGCAUCGCUCGGUCCUGUUCGAUCUGGGCGUCCGCAAAGACUGGGCCAAUCUCAGCCCCGCGCUGCUAGCCCAGAUAAAGGCAUCGAGCAUGACGAUACACGUGGAGAGAGACGUGCGUGACAUCCUCGACGAUGCCGGGAUCGACGCGGACAGCAUCGAAGCCAUCGUGCUCAGCCAUUGGCACUUUGACCACAUCGGCGAUCCCAACCGUUUUGCCUCCGACAUCCCCCUCAUCGUCAGCCCAGGAUUCAAAGAGAAGAUGCUUCCGGGGUAUCCGGCCAACCCGCAGUCGCCGCUGCUCGAAAGCGACUUUGCCAAUCGCGAGCUCAUCGAGCUCGACUUUUCCGGUAACAACAACAACAACAACAACAACAACAACAAGAAGUACAAGUACAAGCGGCUCACCAUCGGCCGCUUCCCGGCGCUGGACUACUUCGGCGACGGUUCCUUCUACCUCCUCGACAGCCCGGGCCACACCUUCGGACACCUCAGCGCGCUCGCCCGCGUCGGCGGCCCGUCCUCCUUCGUCUUCCUCGGCGGCGACGCCUUCCACCACGUAGCCUUCAUCCGCCCGAGCCCGUACCUGCCCCUGCCGGGCACCAUCACCCCGGACCCCUUUACCUCGUCCUCAGCAGUAUCAUGCCCGGGCUCUCUGUUCGAGCCACUCCUCGCGGGCCGGAACCGCCCGGCGUGCGGGCCGAUUUAUCAGCCGGCGCUUCAGCCGCCGAUCCAUGCGGAUGUGGAUGAGCUGCUUCGGACGCAGGAGAAGGUGCAGGAGCUGGAUGCGCACGAGAAUAUCCUCGUGGCGGGGGCGCAUGACGAGUCGCUUUUGGAAGUCUUGGGUGAGUCGGAUAUGUUUCCGCACGGUACGAUGAAUGCGUUUCGGGAAAGGGGGUGGGUGAGGCUGCUGCGCUGGCGGUUUUUGAGGGAUUUUGCGAAGGCUGUGGGGAGGGAUGUGGUGAUGGGUGAGACGAGGGAAUGGGAGCCUGUUAAUAAGUAGUAGGGAGUUUUUUUUU